AUGAACCAGAGGACAGGAACCAGAGGACAGGAACCAGAGGACAGGAACCAGAGGACAGGAACCAGAGGACAGGAACCAGAGGACAGGAACCAGAGGACAGGCACCAGAGGACAGGAACCAGAGGACAGGGACCAGAGGACAGGAACCAGAGGACAGGGACCAGAGGACAGGCACCAGAGGACAGGAACCAGAGGACAGGAACCAGAGGACAGGAACCAGAGGACAGGGACCAGAGGACAGGGACCAGAGGACAGGAACCAGAGGACAGGGACCAGAGGACAGGGACCAGAGGACAGGGACCAGAGGACAGGGACCAGAGGACAGGGACCAGAGGACAGGAACCAGAGGACAGGAACCAGAGGACAAGAACCAGAGGACAAGAACCAGAGGACAAGAACCAGAGGACAACACAAUAAGGCCUGA